UUGAAGGAAAGAAAAAAAAAAAAAAGGUAGAUGUAGGAAAAUGAAGGAAUGAGACUAUCAAUUGAUGGUCCCUUUGUCUAAUGUACGUUCACACAUUAGGAAAGAGAGAGAGAGAGGAAGAGGGGAAAGCGUCAUCAUGUGCCAACUCAAAAGGCUGCAUGUGCCCUGCAUGAUUGAACUUCACAAUAUCGAGUGAAUAAAUGCAUUGUUGUUUUUGCUGGUACCUGACUUAAGGACAGACGGACUGACUUACUUACUCCUUGUCCUUCUUCACAUAUCAGGUACCCUCCAUUAUUACCUCGCAUCCUUGUUUCUUUCUUUCUUUGAUUCAUUCAUCCAUUCACCCAUUCACCCAUUCACCUCUUCUGCUUCUACUUGAGCUUCCCAACCAUGUCGCUCUCUGAAAAGAGUGUCAUCUCAGUCCCUCCGCCGGCCAAAUGUGCGUCGGAGCCGACGAGCCCCAGGAGCACACUGGUGGACGUCGAGACGACUAUGCCGAAAUUUAUCUCAGAAAAGGCGGAUCGUUCUCUGACACAGAGCCCUGAUAGCUUUGACUUGGAAGCCCAGGCCCCCAAGAAGAAGCCGUUCUCCUCAUCUCGCUUCGCCCUCCUCAACAUCUACCGCCGUCUAUUUACAUUGGUCUUUUGUGCCAAUGUUGCGGUCUUUAUCUAUGUUAUGACAGCAGAUCGAAAACUACUGGCAUUGGUCAACGCAACCGCUGCCAACUUACUUGCAUGUGGUCUGGCACGCCAACCUCUGGUGGUGAAUGCCAUCUUCCUCAUUGUGUGCUCAAUCCCCCGAUCUGCCCCCUUGAGACUCCGCCGUAUUGCAGCAAAAGUCUACCACUACGGCGGAGUCCAUAGCGGGUGCGGAGUAGCUUCGUUUAUUUGGUAUACGGGCUUCGUGGGCUUGAUGUCGAAGGAGUACUGGUCUCCAUCGACCGGAAAGUCUACGAUCUCCGUAGCUCCAGUUGUCGUGGCCUACAUUAUUCUGGCCUUGCUUCUCGCAAUCAUCGUCGUUGCCUAUCCUGGGUUUCGGUUCAAGAAACAUGAUUACUUCGAAUUGACACAUCGUUUCUCUGGAUGGUUGGUGGUGGCACUCUUCGUGGCACUUCUCAUGCUCUUCGUCAACGAUUUUAGCCAGGCUGCCCAUCAAUCAUUUGGUCGCUUUCUUAUUGAACUUCCAGCCUUUUGGUUCUUGAUGGUGACCGUCGCUGCCAUUGUCCACCCGUGGCUACUGUUGCGCAAGGUCCCUGUCACGCCUGAAUACCUCUCAAACCAUGCCGUGAGACUUCACUUCAACCAUACCACCACUACAUUUGGCAAAGGCAUUCAGCUGGCAAGGCAUCCACUGCGCGACUGGCAUGGCUUUGCAACCUUCCCAGACCCCGAGGGCAAAACAUUCUCAAGCCUCGUUUCCAAAGCCGGGGACUGGACCACAGCCUGUAUCAACGAUCAACCCACUCACCUCUGGAAGCGAGGCGUCCUUAUCUAUGGAUUCGCAUACGCAAUGAGAGUAUUCAGGAGAGUGGUUGUUGUCACGACCGGAUCCGGCAUCGGGCCGUGCCUUUCAUUCUUGGGCGAUGAGAAUCGACCCAAUCUUCGUGUUGUAUGGCAGACUCGCACUCCCCUGAAGACCUAUGGGCAAGGGAUAAUCGACUUGGUCUCUAAAAUGGAUGCAGACCCAUACAUCAUCAACACUAGAGAGUCUGGUCGUAUCGAUAUGGUGCCAAUUAUUCGACAGCUCUACAAGGAAUUCGAUGCGGAAGCUGUAUGUGUGAUUAGCAAUCCUUUCGUGACGAAGAAAGUGGUCUACGAGCUCGAGUCAGGGGGCAUCCCUGCUUUCGGCCCUAUCUUCGAUUCAUGAUUUAUUUUCACUGAUG